AUGCAAACUAGCCCAAAUCGAUUAUCUCCAAAGAAAUCGUCUACAAAAUCAGCGCUUGCAAAGUCUCGUCACCUAUCUGCCCAACAUGUUCCCGCUUGCUCAAACACCACUCAUCAACGGAGCAUCCUCCAUCGAUUUCCAUACGAAAGUCUCUUUCAUAUCACGUCGUAUCUCGACCCUCGCUCGCUCAGUGCACUGGGAGCCGUCGAUCGCUUCCUACGAGAAUAUGCGAGCGAGGACGUAGUCUGGAAGUUGGCACUCUAUGCCAACGUCCUCGGCAUUCAACCUGAGCGUGAACAAGAUUCACCCCGUGCAUUUUUGCUCAGGCGUCUCGAGACGACAUGGAAGGGAGAGUAUAUCACACGCUACUCGGCGCUCAUCAAAUGGUCUAAAUCAACGACGACGUUUACGGCCCACAAUCCGCUGAUGAUCCCCGUACCAAACAUUCAUCUGCUUUCGGAUGGAGAGUCACUCUUUUCGGCUCCAGAUGAUUUCAGAUGGGUACUGAGAACGCUCCCGGCUACCGGCAAACUCGUCAAAGGCCACUUUCAACCUACGCUUUCCCAUCAGGCCCAUCCUCCGCCAGAUUGGAGUCCUCCAGCGACGGGUGCAUUCGCCUCGGAUGGCGGAAUGAUCAAAGUCGCUUGGGCUUCGCAGACGGGUGGAGUCCUCGUCAAGACUGCACCAAAGGCUAUGGCACCAAAGGCACAUCGUACCGCUACUUCUGUCGCGUCCACUCUCGAGGAUAACCAUCUGGGAUUCAUUCACCAUCUCGCAUGGGGAUCCUCCAAGACUGGGUGUGAGGCGCUCAUCAGUGCUGGAGGAGAUGGACGUGUGAAAAUUUGGAAUGCAGAAACAUGUCAGGCGCUAUGGACGUCAGAAUUUGCCCCGGAUGGCGCACCCUUCGUAUUGGCAGCGCUGGAUGUUCCCUCGCGCGCUGCAGUUGCUCUCACAGAGAAGGGAGCAGUGGUCGCUUGGACGGGCCUUCCUGUUUUUUCCACUAUGACAGAUAGUGAAGUCAAGACGAUCACGGCAUCCUUGCCUAGUGAGGAGGUUCCUCGACGCUAUUACAAGGCUUCCAGUACACUGUUGUUCGACUCUUCCUCUCCCACUCCGAGAGCGAUUGUCCACGCCUACGAGGAUCGAUAUGCGUCUCUAUUUUCGUUCGAUUUCCCCAACGAAACAGUGGACAUAUAUACCACCGAAGGUCCCUUGGGAGCCAUCACUGCGCUCCAUCUCGAUAUUGGAAACCCAAGCGAUAAAUCCGUUCUCUUUCAACCAUAUCAGGCUGUGCUCAAACCCAAUCUCGAUUUCGCCGCCGCACAAGUAGGAUCUAUCACUUCCAUCACUUCGAAUCACACUGUACUCGUUACGGGAACCAAUCUCGGCGUCAUUACCGUCUGGGAUGCCAUCACGCUUGAUCAAAUCCGGUUGAUUAUGGCGACGGAUCUCGUCAAGGCAGGAGCUGGAGUGCUCACGAUUGUGCUCCAGGCCGAAAAGCUCGUUGCGAGCGUCGGACGGUCUGUUGUGCACUGGAAGACGGGUAUGAAUACAACGCGAGCUGGCAAGCAUUACAAGACAAACAAGGUUAUGGCGCCCAAGGAAAAGGGUCGACUCGUCGAUAAAUACUACCGUUCAAUUCAAGAGUCGCAGGCGGAACUCGAGUGGGAGAGCCGCCUCCCUCCCAAGUCCACACCGGCGUACUCGGAACACGAGCAGAAGCUGGCGUUGGCAGCCUUGGGGAUCGAUGAAUAUGGGGCGGUCGAAUACGCGUUGAUGAUUAGCCACGAGGAAGCGUUGAGGGCCGACGCAGGUCGACAGGCUGUAGAUGAAACGCCGGAAGAAUUGAAUACCGACGCAUACGUACACAGGACAACAAUGGAUACCUUACACAUGGAUGCGACUGGGACGGAACCGACGAAUUCGAUCGAUGGGACGGGGACGCCGAGACGUCGCGACGCCACGUUAGUGGGUCCUGAUGCUCAUGAAUAUGUCACUCUAAAUGAAACCGUCGACCGGUAUUCAUCUCCCCCUCUCGCACUAUUUUCAUCCACUCCCUCUGUAGAGUCUGGGAGGACAGAGAAUAUGCCGUAUGAAAGAGCGGAUUAUAUGCCAUCUUCUCCGUGGAAAACAACCUCGCUCUCCAAGGCAUCGCCGCCGUCGUCAAUCGGCAAAGUUCAGGUCUCGCCCCCAUAUCGACCAGAGGCGAUGCAGGUCGGGGAACUAGGCUCUUCGCCUAUUCAUCUCGAAUUGGAUUCGUGGUCGAAGAGUGGCAACACUAGUUGCGGGGGUGCAAGUGCCAGCACAAGCAGUGUGCAAAGCGAUCGGGGUGAAGAAGAGUUUCCGAGUAUUGCAGCCUCUACCACCUCGUCCACAUCAACCCUCUCUCGUAAAUCGUCCCCUUCUUUUACCCCUCCGCCAGGCGCCACGUUGCGUCACCCGAGUGGGAAGAAGACGAUCAAGCCCGGUGGUGAAAUCGAAGUCGCGAAGGGGGGCGCGGGGGACGCAAAAGACUUGAAGGUUUUUCCAAAGGAAAACGUCAACCUCGUGGCUGUGGCUCAACCCCAGACGAAAUGGAGUGCGAUUGUGAAAUCUGGAUCAAGCUCAACUGCUUCCCCUUCCGCCGCCGUCAACGCUUGGACCACGCGUGACCACCGUACCAUGGCGAAUGGUUCGAAUUUGAACCAAUCCAAUAAUGACCUUGGUCGGACCAUCAAUCGGCCUCGGCAAGGUUACAUGAGCGAUGAAGACGCACAGCUUCAGUUUGUACUCGAGCUGAGCCUAGCAGAGGCGAUUAGCCGACAAACGUAA